CUCACUCAACUUUAUACCACACAAUAAAAAGUUAUCAAUUACUACGUAACCACGAUUAUCAGAAGAUGACGUCGUCACGACUAUAACCAGAAGAUGCAUUAAAUCUCCCCUGCGCCUUCAUAUACGGCGGAAUCAUUCGGGCACAGAAUUACAAAAGACAAAAGUAAAGUACCCAAAAAAAAAGUCACUUUGGUUUGGUUUCUGUACUUUUGUCUUUAUCAAAUCUCUCUCUCUACCGAAUCCAAAGAGGAGCUUGGUAUCGUUCUCCGUCUCCGAUCAAGGGCAGUUUCGUCACAUCCACACUUUUCUUUUUAAUAUUAAAAAUCUUAUAUAGUCUUUCUCGCUUGAGUAACAAGCCAGAAAUCUACCUUUUAUUUUUCUUUUACGGAUAUGUUCAUUUUACUUUAUUUUCUCGGCGAGAAUAUGUCAAAAGAAGAUUACAAAUAAAAAAACCACCCGUGAAUCCCUAAUUUAGAACCGAACCAUAGCUUCUCCAUCUCUGCAUCUGUUGUUCGAUUCAAAGUUUGUGUCUUUAGGAGAUUUUCGGUAAUGGAAUCAGAGCAAAACGACAGCUUCUCCCCCUCAGAGCCGAAGCUCUGCGUCAACGGCUGCGGCUUCUUCGGAUCACCAUCGAACAUGAACCUCUGCUCCAAGUGCUACCGCGACAUCCGAGCCACCGAGGAGCAAGCCGCCUCCGCUAAAGCCGCCGUCGACAAAUCUCUAAACCCUAACAAACCUCACACCAAACCACCGCAACAGAGCGUAGAAACCGCUCCGGAGCCAUCCUCAUCUGCGAGCGGCGGAGAUUCCUCAGAUCCGCCGAGAGCUACGAGGUGCUUGAGCUGUAACAAGAAGGUGGGGGUUACGGGGUUCAAGUGCAGGUGUGGGAGCACUUUCUGUGGAGCUCACAGGUACCCGGAGAGCCACGACUGCGAGUUUGAUUUCAAAGGAGCGGCUAGAGAGGCUAUUGCUAAGGCGAAUCCGGUUGUGAAAGCUGAUAAAGUGGAGAAGAUAUGAUUUUGAAGAUGGAAUCGUGUUUCUCUUUUCGAGUAUGUCUAAGUCUUGGUGUUUGGUUCUUUUUCUGUUCUUUGUUAUGAUUUGAUUUGCUUUUAAGUGUUUCGUAGGGAAAAAGUUUAGGAUUCUGCUUUUGUGGUUUCAUGAUUUAUUGUUCUGUAAUAAAAAGUUUGGUCUUGUCAAAAAGGUUUGAAUCAUUGGAAGUUGUGGUUUUUGUGUAGCUUAUGGUUGAUAAAUUGUUUAACUUUGA